AACUUGACAUCAUAUAAUAUAUAAAUCACUAUUAUUAUUAUUAUCUCAUCCACAACUCUUACCAAGUCACAACCAUUUUUCUUUCAAAGACAUAAAAUUUUGCUUUUCAUACAAUUGGAUUCAAUCCAAACAUGUUUAGAUCCAAUAGUACUAGAAGAGGUAAUGAGAAGUAUGAGAAAUUAGAUAAAGAAUUCGGUGGAAAUAAUAAUGGAAUUUCAAAUGAAGAAUAUUUGAAGAGGAGUAUAAGUGUUGGUCCAUCAAAUACAAAGGCAAAGAUGGCUAUGGCUUCAAACUUAGGGAAUAUUAAUCUACAAAGAAAUCCAACAAAAAAAGUAAGUAGUGAUAAGGAAAAGAAUACUCACCCACUUUUCAAUUUGUUUGAUUUUGGGAAGAAAAAGAAAGCAUCGUCUAAGCCUGAAUUUGCAAGAUAUGUUGAGUAUAUGAAGGAAGGUGGCAUGUGGGAUUCAGAAUCAAAUAAACCUGUAAUCUAUUACAAAUGAUAUUUGUCUUGCUUAGUUUUUGAACUCUAAGUGUUAAUUAGUGUUUGUAUAAAAUAGAGUUUGAAUUUCAUAUCAUAUCAUAUUUGUAUAAGACUAAGAGGAUAUAGAUCAAAAUAUAAAUGAUUUUGUUCUUCAUCAUUGAUAUGAUGUAUGUAUACAUGCAUCUAUCUUGAAUAAUAAUGAUAUAAGCAACUAUUUUGAACCAUGUCAAAA